AUGAAGCAAGGUCUGCCGGGAAGAUGGUCAGACGUGAACACAUCAACUGUCCAACUUAAUUGUGUGUAUAAAGGAAGGUGCAUAACAAAUCACUGCUUCGGGAUUCGUAGACCUUAUCAAAAAAGUUGCGUUGAUGGUCCACAUCUAAUCGGCGACUUGACAGAGUUGCAGGGCCUCACCUCUCCGCGAGGACGCACCCAACAAAGAGCGAAGAGCCUGGUAAAAAAAUUACCUUGGCAACUUACAGAGGAUGCAGAGCCCACCCUCGGCAGGACGCACCCUUCGAGGGGCGCAAGUAGCCUCCAUACAGUUCAUAUUUAUACAAAAUCAACUAAUCUCUCUAUGCUUAAAGCUUAUAAACCUUGUUACAAACUUUAG